CUCGUCGCACUCUGCAGUCGCGCACACAUCCAAACUCCCGAGUCCUCUGUCUCUCGCGGGCUCCGCUUCAGCUCACCACGCCGCCCCGCGAGCCUACCAGCACGUGGUCCCAGCCAGACCCGAGCCCAUGGACAUGGACUUCAGCGGUGGGAUCGACGACUUCAACAUGCAGUUCAUCCGCGAGCAGCUUCUCGGCGGCGAGGCCUGCCUCCCCGUCGUUAACGUUCCUGACGCCGCGGCGUACUCUGUCUCUGCGCCGUCGGUUCACCCCGCCGCGCAGGCGGCGUUCCAGCAUCCCGCGGCGUUCGUGCCGCCGCCACCGCAGCAGGCUGCGUACGUCGACUUGACAAACGAGUACGCGGACGCCGGCGAGGCGGCCUUCCGGGCGGAGCCGGUGAUGAUUCGGUUCGGGGGCGAGCCUUCGCCGGUGUCCGACCCCGGCCGGAGGCCGCUGCUCACGAUCUCCCUGCCCCCGACCUCGCACGCCUGGAGCCCCACGGUGGCCGCGCCGCUGGCGGCGGCGGCGCAGGCCGCGGCGGCCCUGGACGUGAACGACUUCCGCAAGUACCGCGGCGUGCGGCAGCGGCCGUGGGGCAAGUUCGCGGCGGAGAUCCGCGACCCCAAGAAGCGCGGCUCCCGCGUGUGGCUCGGCACCUACGACACCGCCAUCGAGGCCGCGAGGGCGUACGACCGCGCCGCGUUCCGCAUGCGCGGCGCCAAGGCCAUCCUCAACUUCCCCAACGAGGUCGGCUCCCGCGGCGCGGACUUCCUCGCGCCACCGCCGCCGCCGCAGGCGUCCCAGAACAAGCGGAAGCUGGCACACGACGCCGCCGAGGCCGAGCCAGCUCCAGCUGCCAAGUCCGCCAAGGCCGAGGCGUUCGGAUCCCCGGCGUCGUCCCUCACAUCGUCGCUGUCGCCCGCGACAACCACGGCCUCGACGGUGACGGCGACGUCCUCGCCGUCGUCGGAGGCCGCCGGAGCGGCCGAGAUGUUCCCGUUCCCGAUGACGCCGUCGACGUCGAGCUGGACGUGGGAGCAGCUGGAGGGCUUGUUCGGCAGCCUGUCGCCGCACCCGCAGCUGGGCUUCCCGGAGGUCACCGUUAAUUAAGCGGUUUGUCGGCCGCUUAAGCAUAUGAUUAGGUGUAAAGGCGUUAAUAAUUAUUAGCGGUUUUUAGUUAUGGAGGGCCUUGGCUUUGGACUCAUCUCGAGGAUUUGGCGUAGCUUGGAGCUGCAUGUGUGUGUGUGUGUGUGUACAGAAUGAAGGGGAGAGGUGAUAUAGAAUAUAAGAUUAGUGCAAUGUGGGUCGGUGAACUACAAGAUCGACAUAGAUCAAUAGAUAAUAGAUAUAUGGGGGGUAAUAAUAUCAGAAAUGAUAGAAUGAGGUGUCUGAUGUGAUUUGUACAUUAA